AUGAAAUUUCAGACAACACCUUGGAUUUAUUGUCUGUUGGUCGCGUGUGUCUGCCUCGUCGAGGCCAGGUACAAGAUCAGAAGAUUUCCACUCCCACCACCGCAACCACAGAAAUUAAUGUACAAAAAGUCCUGGCCGAUCGCCCAUAGAAUCUCGACAGGAAAUAUGAUGUACAUCAAUGGCAAUUUUCCGCCGAAACGAAUGUCUCAUAAUAAGCCUCCAAAUUACAGAAUUCGUCGACCGCCAAUGUACAACAGCGUGAACGUGCCCCACGGCAUUUGGAAGAAUCAAAUGCCAAUUCGGGCACCUAUGAACAAUAUCGCGGUCCUCCCACAACGUCCACCCGUCAAAGAGUUUCACACUGUGAACAAAAUGCCGGAAUUCAGCCCGGAGUACAGACCGGAAGCCGCGGUUCUACCGCAAACGCACAGAGGCGGGGUAGACGAUGACAAAGGACCGAUUCAUACGAUUCCAGCGCCUAAUCUUAGCCCCAUGGACAAACCUUUCAACGGCGAGACGAACGCACAGGUGGCUCCUCAACGACAGCAUACUACCGAUUCUACUUACAAAGUCAAUCCUCACGGGUCGUUGUUACCAAAUUUCGAUAUGGCCACGAUAAGCACGAGUUUGGCGCCGCAAAGAGCAGUGACCAGCCCCACACCGACGCAUCAUCAGUACGAAGUCACGGAAAGCAACGAUGUUAAUCAGAAAGACUAUCAGACCAUUCUGCCAACUUUCUUCCCCCCGGACUACGUAACAGGCCUCUCGACUAUAGUAAACCCCGAUUUGCAAUCGAACGACGUUUACUUGAACAAUCAUCCGGCGUCGAACAUAGGCCUGAUCGGAACUAACAUUCAACUCGGACAACCGAAUCUGCCAAUGCAAACGAAUCUCCACAGUUCUCUUCACGUUGGCUUUCCCGGUACCGCUGGUCAAACACCGUACAUCAUAAAUCAACAAAUACCUGAUUUACACGUUGGUCAUCCAGCACCGGCUGGUCCUCCGCUUUCAGCGACUCAACUUUACGAUCUAUUGAACAGCCUUCCUCAGAAAAUACCAGAACAGUACCAGACAGGUCAACAGCCGCAGCUUCAACAGCACAUACUUCAGCAGCAACUCGGUCAAUUCUUUCAACCUACCGGCGUAACAGGUUUCUCUCAGCCCCAGAUGCAAUCCUUCAAUUACGACGAGCAAGAUAACAAGGAGCAGCAGCAACAGCAGGUUUUGUUUAAUCAGGAUUACGUAGCUGGAAGAGUCAAUACCAAUUACAACGUGGGCCCAGACGCUUCCAUGGAUGAUCAGGAAGAUAACAACCUGAGCCAGACCGAGGAACUCGCGUAUAUCACCGACGGGUCCGAACAAUUGGAAAAUAACAUCGAGUACGACGAAACGAACGAACAGAACAGUCAGACAACGUACUUCAACAAAGUGGCUAACGAUGAUGGCAUAUCUACGCAAUUUUAUACGACGCUACCGAAUCGCGAAGCAGCCGAGAAGCUGGCAGCGCUAGCAGCAGCUGGAAACGUCAAUAGCCAACUCAUAGGACAAAUUCGAAAGCAACAACAACAACAACAACAACAGCAACAGCAAAAGCAACAAGAAACUGUACUGAACGAGGAGCCUAUGCCUGCUAAUCACAAACACGAGGAUUACGAAACAGGUGAAGAAAUUAAUGACGAUGGUCACUAUGAUCACAAGUCUCACCAAGAUCGAGCACAAAAUCGACAAAAGCAAAGAUAUAAUCAUGAAGAACAACAAUACGAGGAUGAACGAAAAGAGUACGACAGACAACAUCAGCUACGUCAACGACAAAGCAGUGUGUAUAGUAAUAAACGACCAUUGAGAAUCAUGGUACCGGAUGAAAACGAGUAUAGUAACAGCGAGACGCAAAACGACGAGGCAAAGGAAAACACGGAAGUCGAAUACGAGUACGAGAACGACGAAACUGACGUUACGAACUCGGAAUCCGACGCUUCUUUCGACGGGAGAACGACCUACGAACAGUCGAAUGGUGAAUUUGGAUCGCGUUUAACUUCGAAGACUGCAAUAUAA